GGACCAGAUGUACUCAUAUUAUCCACUGACUCAGAUUGGAGCUCUGUGCUGACCUAGGAGGCGAAGCUCUGCCCAUUAACUCCACACAGUGCAUUCAGCCAGGGACAGGACUGCAGAGCCAGGCAGAGUGUUGGCUGAGGAUUACAGGAAUUGCAGACUCUGCACUCUGACUUUGCCUCUGUCCGUGUGUUACCAGCAGGAUGGAGACUAAUGACAAUGUAUCCACAGAUGAAGCACGGCUGCAAGAUGACCUGGAUUUGAAGUUCCUGCUGACGGGGAGCGAGCUGUUCAAAGUAAAAUCGGGGUCAUGGCGGAGAGCGCGCUAUUACAAGCUGCAGGAAGACUGCAAGACUAUCUGGCACGACUCCAGGAAAAUCCUCCGGUCACCUGGUAGACAGACAUUUUGCGUUGAUGACAUUGAGGAUGUGCGGCAUGGCCAUCAGACGGAAGGGAUGCAGAAACACGCCAAGGACAUCCCAGAAGAUCGUUGCUUUUCCAUCAUCUUUAAAGGUCAGCGGAAGAACCUGGACCUUAUUGCUGCCAGUAGUGAGGUGGCUGGUCACUGGACUGUCGGCCUCGAAAAAAUCUUAACCAACUGCAAAUCCAUGAGCCAGAAUCAGAAGCUCAAGCACUGGAUCCAUACUUGUCUUAGAAAAUCUGACAAAAACAAAGACAACAAAAUGAACUUAAAAGAGCUGAAGGACUUCCUGCAGGAAGUGAAUAUCCAGGCUGACGACCUCUAUGCUGCAACAAUAUUCCAGACAUGUGACACGUCAAAGUCGGGCUCUCUGGAAGGUGAUGAAAUUGAGGCAUUUUACAAAUUACUGACACAGCGACCAGAGAUGGAUGGAAUGUUCAAGACGUACUUUGGUAGCAACGAUCUGAUCUCCGCAGAAAGCCUGAAACAAUUCCUACUAAAGGAACAAGGCGAGAACGUGAGUCUAGAACAAGUGAAGAACCUCAUCGAAAAGUAUGAACCAAGUGAAGUAGCCAAAAAGCAAAACUCGAUGACAAAAGAUGGACUCCUCAUGUAUCUGCUGUCUGAUGAUGGAAAUAUAUUUAACCCAGCUCAUCGGAAGGUUUACCAAGACAUGACGCAACCUCUGUCUCAUUACUUUAUCUCAUCCUCUCACAAUACGUACCUGAUGGAUGACCAGCUGAAAGGUCCAAGCAGUACUGAGGCCUACAUCAGGGCUCUGUCGCGGGGAUGCCGAUGUGUGGAAUUGGAUUGUUGGGAUGGGCCUAAUGGCGAGCCAGUUAUUUAUCAUGGUUACACUCUCACUUCAAAGAUCCUCUUCAAAGACGUCAUAACGGCCAUUAAAAAUUACGCCUUUAAAACGUCACGGUACCCUGUGAUAAUCUCACUGGAGAACCAUUGUAGCCUUGAGCAGCAGAAAACUAUGGCCAAGCACUUGAAGAACAUUCUGGGAAAUAAUCUUCUCACCGCGCCUUUCGAUGGAAUGAUAAAGGAGUUUCCAUCUCCAGAGCAACUGAAGGACAAAGUCUUGGUAAAAGGCAAAAAGCUGAAUAAACUGGAAGACAGUCUGCAGAAAGAGAACAAUGCCCAGACGGAGGCUGCGGACGUGUCCGAUGAAGAUGAAGCUGCAGAUAUGGAUGAUGAGGCUGUGAAAUCCAACGUGCAAGCGAAAAAGACUUCGAGUGCAAAGUUGAAACUUGCCAAGGAACUGUCAGACAUCGUGGUUUACUGCAAGAGUGUUCACUUCCAAGGUUUUGAAUACGCACUUAAGAACCAAUCCUUCUACGAGAUGUCCUCCUUAACCGAGAGCAAGGCUCUGAAGCUGGCACAGGAGACAGGUACUGGUUUUAUUCGGCACAAUAGCAGACAGCUGAGCCGAAUUUAUCCAGAUGGCAGGCGGACAGACUCUUCCAACUACAGUGCCGUGGACAUGUGGAACGCAGGGUGCCAAAUAGUGGCUUUAAAUUUCCAAACCCCCGGAGCAGAGAUGGACGUGUACCAGGGUCUGUUCCAGCAGAACGGUUUCUGCGGGUAUGUCCUUAAGCCAGAGUUCCUGCGGCAGUCGACGUCGACGUUUAACCCCAAAUCAAUUCAAGAAGGAGAAUGGUGGACGCCCAAAAAGCUACAAAUUAAGGUGAUUUCCGGACAGCAGCUGCCCAAAGUGAACCAAAGGAAAAGCUCUAUAGUGGAUCCAACGGUGACCGUAGAAAUCCACGGAGUGGCCCGCGAUCAUGACAAAAAGCAUACCAAAGUCAUCAAUAACAACGGUUUUAACCCUGUGUGGAACGAGCAGUUUGAGUUUGAUAUAGAUGUACCUGCCCUGGUGCUGGUUAGAUUUUUGGUGGAAGACUACGAUGCUGCCACGCGUAAUGACUUUAUUGGGCAAUUCACCGUUCCAUUGACAAGUUUACAAUUAGGCUAUCGCCACAUCCAUCUUCUCAGCAAGAGUGGAGACCCCUAUCCAUCAGCCACAUUGUUUAUACACACCGUCCUCAAAGAAAGCAAAGACUGAACGACAUACCCCUGACUUUUACAACUUGAUUUAAAAAAAAAAUGUUAUUGACAUUUUAAGGUCAAAGUUGAAACAACUGUUAAAUUUUAAUUUUCAUUUUUUUUUAAGUAUUUUCCUACCAAAAGAGUAGGAAUGUAUUUUAUUUUUUUAUUCUGUUUUUAAUGUUAUCUUAUUGAACCUAGUGUGGCCGUGUCUUGUUACCGGUAGUCAGACCUGGGUGCUGUUUUUAUUUAAAAGAAGCCAAGUGUAAUAUAGUUUACAAACCUUAUAUCCUUGUUGAUCCUGCUAGUCUGUGUAAUAAGAGAUCAGACUGAGAUGCAUUUAACGUGGCAGGGUGUGCAAUAUACUGCAUGUGCCUUACACAGUCCCAUACAAAGGGUUUCUGUACAUGUACAUUUAUUUUAACUCUUUUACAAAGCAGAUCUAAAGUACCUGGUAGAAUAGAUGUUAGUUAGAUUAAAAGAGACUUACAAAGAGAUGGAAGCUCUGAGCAUGUUCUACUGUAGAGCUGGGGUGUCCUGUCUUGACCCAACAGUUGCCAUGGACCUACAUUUUCUGUAAUGAUAUGAAAAAUAUACGCAAAGCGUCUCGUGUAGGGCCAAACAAAUUGCCCUCAGAGACAGCGUCUUCAUUUUUUCACCAUCAUAUUGGACCACAAACCCAUCCCUCCCAACAAAUAAAGAUUUCAGGUUUGGACAGAAAGGUUGGUCCAUUGGGGUGGGUGAGGUCAUGAUUAAAUGAUGAAAUGAGCCUGACCAAAAAUGGGUGAGUCAGUCUGGCGUGAAUGCACACUUGGCGGACACUAAGUUUGUCUGGCUGGUCCAACUAAGGGAUGCCCA